UAGCCGCGUCAAUUUUUCGGCACUGUCGGUACAGCGGUACGCGAUAUGUAUAUACAUACAUUCAUUGAACUAACGACUGACGACCACUGACGACAAGUCUUCUCUCCGAUAUCGUUGAGCAUCAAAUCGUAAUCAAUCUGAAGAAGCACCCAAUUUAUUUACAAAAAAAGGAGACAAAAAUAAGUUUGUGUUUGAUCAAACGGAGCGGUGUUUUUUUUGCGUCGUGCUGCGUCACGUCUUCCUUCAUAUUUUUGUUUACAAUGACAUAAUCGCAGUAUGUCAAAAAGAUAAAUAACAUUUGAAGGAAAAGAACUGUCCUUGAUAUAAGAUGCUUCUUGCAAGAAGUGUGCAAGAAAAUCGCCUGCGACGCAUGUUUAUUAUGCUACGUGGAAUACAACGGAGACUUGUUUAAUAUUUCACUUUGUUACAUGUCGCAACAAUUAUUGAGAUAAAGACUUUUAUCUCUCGUAUGAAUGUGUGAAACAUGCCUGGAGGUAGACGAAACGCUGUCAGUCGGACUGGACCGACUGCCAGAUCCAGUAGCGGUAAUGCUAGUUCUCCUAAUGCUAAUGGGAGAAGCAACAGUGGUGAGAGAGCAAGUGCCAAUGGUGCGGAUGAUAAAAGAUUCGACGAGAUCUGUAGUGGAAGGUCUCUGGCACCUAAGCACAUUCCUAUCCCUGCGGUACCAGUCAACACUCGAUUGAGCUUUGAGGCUUUAUCUCUAGUUGUCUCAAUCAUUGCGACUUGUCUGCAACUACUUAAUCUGUACAGAACUGUAUGGUGGUUACCGAAUUCCUACAAUGGUUAUAGUAUGAACUUUUAUUUGAUAGAUCCAUAUCUACUUGUAUUUAUUUUUACUAUGGUGGCACAUAGAUUUCUUUACACAUUAUUACGUGAAAUCAUCGAUGUUUCAUUGCCAGUGCAAUCGGUACCUGCAAAAGCAGCAAUCCGAAACAUUGUAAGAUCAUCUCUAUCAGUUGCUGUGAAGAGCGUGUUAGGCUGGUGCCUCUAUCAUAUGGCUGAGAAGCAUAAUUCUAUGAAAAUUUUUUAUUUAUGUUAUCCAAGUUUGUCAAUAUAUUUUGUUAUAUUUGGAAUAAAAACAUCAUUUUUUGAUUUGUCAUUCUCAAGUGGAAAAGAAGAGCGGAAAACAAAGUAUGUAUUAGACAAACCUUUACAUAAUUGCUCAUUAAAUCCAUCAGCCAUUAGAGCAGAAGUGUCCACUUUGAGAUCUGACUUUAAUAGACGAUUACAGCGAGCUUUAUUUUCGUCUUCCAGCAGCGCGUUCGUCUGUGUAGUCGCGCCUGUCAUCUUUGUACCUCCGCAUUUACAUUUCAAUGUAUUGUGGGUAGUACAACAUGUAAUCUUAUUCUGGCUCGGAAGAAUAUGCGCGUAUUUUGCUCAGGCUUAUCCUUUUAGAUAUUGCGAUGAGCUGCAUAGAGCAGCAAUGCACUUGGGUCGAUGGGUUAAGAUAGACAAUCGCAAUAAUCAUAUGUAUGUUCAACCGUGGAAUGAAGCGGUAUUAUGGCCUCAUGGAUCGAUUGUAAGGCAUAAUCGAGAAAUUUAUCGUUCUAAAGGUUUGUGCACAGCAGCAGAACCGGGUAAUUCAGCUCACUCUAAAUUUUAUAGUGUAUUUAAUAACCGAGUAACGUUACUAAGUCCAAUACUGGCAUUGCAGUUAUUAUUGGUGAACAUUCAGUUAUUUAUUUUAUUAGGUGUGACCGAAUGGUAUCAAAUAUUGUCGACGAUAUUAUUAUUAGGUAUACAUUAUCAAACCUUGUUCAAAAUGGCUAGAGAUUUUCUAAUAUCCUGGAAAGUAUACCGUGCUGAACAAAUAAUUCAAGAAAAGUCUCAAAUGGUUGUAAACCCAGUUGCUCAAUAAAAUGUAAAUGUGAUCUCUGCAA